CUUUCGACCACGUGGCACUAUAAUUUUCCGAGAUAGUCGCUGGUAAAGUCGCUCACAGUUACGUUCCCACUGUCGACAACCGACAUGCGACUGCCCCUCCAGCUUCUUCUGGCUCUUUUGAUCCAGCAAUGCUUCUGUGCUUCACAACCAGCCAAGCGCUCUUAUACAACACACGAUUAUUAUGUCCUCGAACAUCACCCCUCUGCAGGCGCAACUCUAAAUGAAUGCAUCGGAGAACUUGGAGUAGAACUCGUCGAGCAGGUCGGAGAACUACAAAACCUAUGGCUAGUACGCUCUUCAAAGCUCAUGCCCAGUGUUUCUCCAAGGACAGUCUCAGAUAGAGUCCUCGGCAGGUUCGAGAAUUUGGUCACCCUUGCAGGGCAUUCCACUAGCUUAUACCCACGGGCGGGUCGCCAAGCCCGUGCACACCGCAUAUUAUCGUCCAUAAAAUAUUUAUCCCCCCAGAUACCCCGCCAACGGAUAAAGCGAGACGGUUCUUCUCUAGAACGUGCACCACCUCCCGUAACUCCUGGCGACCCUCAACCGAAAGCAUCCGAAAUCAUCGCAGAACGACUUGGAUUCGUGGACCCCCUAUUUACAGAGCAAUGGCAUAUCCAUAUGAUGAACGUGACGGGUGUGUGGGAAAUGGGUAUCAUGGGGGAAGGCGUCAUUACUUCCCUGGUAGAUGAUGGAUUGGACUACCAGAGUCGGGACUUGGCUGAAAACUUUGAUGCUGACAAUUCAUACGACUUUAACGACCACACCGAUUUGCCCACCCCAGUUCUUUCAAAUGAUAAUCACGGUACGCGCUGUGCUGGUCAGAUCGCCGCAGUCAAGAAUGACGUCUGCGGUGUCGGACUCGCUUACAAGUCAAAAGUUGCUGGCGUACGCAUAUUAUCUGGGCCUAUAACCGACGCUGACGAAGCAGCUGCCUUGAACUACGGCUUACACAACGUGUCCAUCUUUAGUUGCAGUUGGGGACCACCUGAUGACGGCAGGUCGAUGGAAGCGCCGGGAUAUAUCAUUGAAAAGGCCUUUGUUAACGGCAUACAAAACGGUAGGGAUGGGAAAGGAUCAAUAUAUGUCUUUGCCAGCGGGAACGGGGCUGCGCAGGGAGACCAGUGCAAUUUUGAUGGGUACACCAACAGCAUAUACUCCGUCACCGUCUCGGCUGUAGACUUCAAAGGCCUACACCCAUACUAUUCUGAACCCUGCUCUGCCAAUAUGGUUGUAGCAUACAGUUCAGGGAGCGGUCAACAUAUUGUCACUACUGACACCCACAACAAAUGCUCCGACACUCACGGUGGCACCUCCGCCGCCGCCCCCAAUGCAGCUGGUGUAUUUGCUUUGGUGCUUCAAGUUCGACCUGACCUGACAUGGCGAGACAUACAACAUCUUUGCGUGAAAACCGCCCGGAUGAUAAACCCUGAAGAUCCUGACUGGGAACCCAUGGCUUCUGGACAGAUGUAUUCGUAUAAAUAUGGCUUCGGGAAGCUUGAUGCCUACGCCUAUAUUCAAGCAGCACAAGAUUGGCAGCUUGUGAAACCACAAGCGCGUUUCCACCCUCCUGCCAUACAGAUCGACAACGGCACUUUACUUACUGAGGAUGGAGACAUGGAAGGCGGGCAGCCGAUUAUCCCUGGAGGUCUUACGAGCUCGUUCACGGUAACGCAGGACAUGCUUGACACGCACAACUUCGAGGGGUUGGAGCACGUGACAGUUAGAGUGUGGAUAUCGCACACCAAGCGCGGGGAUGUCGAAGUUGAGCUCACAAGCCCUGGUGGAGUGCGUAGCGUUCUUGCAGCAAAGCGGGAUGGCGACCACGCCGGGACUGGUUUUAGAGGGUGGAGAUUUAUGUCCGUCAAGCACUGGGGUGAAAAUAUGAUCGGCACCUGGACGCUCAAGGUCUCUGACCAAUCAUCCGAGGGGCACAGCGGAACUUUCCAUGGAUGGCGUCUCAUGUUCUGGGGCUCAACUAUUGAUCCCACUGUCUCAACAACCUACGCUCUCCCGCUUUCAGAGUACCAGCUUCCUUCCACAGCUAACGAUGACGCAAUUAACAUCCCCACAUCGACAUCCAGCAAAUCCCACCCUAAACCCACUUCAGGUCUCCCAGAUGACCACGGUACUGCCGAGGGCGAGGCCAGCAAACCUGCGUUCCCAUCCCCAUCCGCACCGGCGACAGCGACGAUGACGCCCACACCAGAUGAAGGCUGGUUCUCAGACAUGUCCAACCUCGUGUCUAGCCAGAAAUGGUUCUUCGGCGCCAUCGGCGCAGUAGUGCUCUUCGGUGUGGGUGCAGGAGUGUUCUUCUGGAGACGCCGUGUGAAGCAUCGAGCGUACGCUGCGCUCAGCGCAGGUGACGAACUGCAGAUGAGCUCAGUCUCGAGGCAAGGCAGGCCUCGUGCCAAGGAGUUGUAUGAUGCGUUUGGGGAGGUGUCGGAUGACGAGGAUGCAGAUGAAGAGACUCGGUUGCGUGGCGCAGAGUUUCACUCUGGGUUCUUGGACGAUGAUGACCCACCGUCUGCCGGCCCUGCUCCAGUGUACAGAGACGAGCCUCGAGGGGAGCAUGAUGUAACUCCUGAUGUUAGAUCUGCAAGCCCUGGGAGCGGCAGUGGCAGUGGAGAUGGAAGCUGGGAGCAUGCUUCUCAGACACGUUGAUCUAUAUGGGCUUAUAUACGUACUUGUUUAUUUGGGCAUUUCUUUCAUGUGCAAUGAAGGAUACUGGCUGCAUUUUGUAUUUCGUUGAUGUCUAUAUUACAUAUCACUCGAGCAUCAUAAACAGGACGUCAGGAUACAUCAGUAUCUACAAUUGCCUGUGUAGAGAUGGGCCAUAUAAUGCACAGCGACAAUGAUGUGCAACCGUGGCAUCAGAUUUGGUAUCUGUGUGUGUGUGUGUAGAAGCUUGUGAUCAACGCGGCAAUGCGGACACAGUGCGAAAUCAAGAAAUGCAAGUGAAUAGAAAUGAAAGCACGAUGAUCUAACUGCGAGCGUGAGCAUCACCAUCAUUACCCCGGUGUGAUGACUGGGCGGGCUCCAAGCUCCAUCGCGGAGGCAUCCUCAGUCUACCAUCAGACCAGCAGGAGAGAUAGCAAAGGAAUGCCAUGAACCAAUGCACG